UUUUGCGGAAUGACACUGACCCUUCCUUAUAGACGUAUUUACGUCAGAAACCAAGCCAUGAUUACAUAUAAAGUAAUUUGCUUACAAUUAGAAUAAGCAUUAGUACUUAUACACUAAAAAGCAAAAAUCUCUUUAUUCUAAACAAUUGAAUAUGCAACAGAAUAUCAAGAUUAUUUAUGAAUUCAUAAAAUCUUCAAAGUUAUACAAUUACGUAUACGUGCGAGCACUGUAACAUCAAAAACAUAAAUGUGACUAGAAUUGCAUUUGGCCUUGGGCAGCACUGGGAACUGAUAUUGGCUAUUAUGAUGGUGUUCAUAUACGCAGAAUGAUUGCAAUUUGGUUAUCAACAAAAUAUUAAACACAUUUUCCCACGGUUACUGUGUUUUCUUCUGUAAAAUUCUUGUAAAUACAAGACGCAUAGGGAUUACUCAGGUAUACCUCCAGAAUGUUUAUGUCAUCUUUGGCAAAAUUUUUCAAUGGCUUCUGGAAAGCUAGACGGCAUAAAGUUACCAAAUUAAAUUAGAGAUUUGUAUAACCUAAACUGAUUUGCAACUCAACGGAAUGUGUCGUUUACAUGCUGUAUUUAUUAUGGUGUGUAGUACAUAAACUUUAACUCAACUCCACUGAUGCUGCCUCAGAAUGAGAUGAGUCAUCUACAAUGGCUGGGUAUAUGGGGAAUGACUGGAUUUUCAAAGCCAGAAAACUCAGAUCUGGACAAGUGGUCAAAAGGAAUUACUUAUCUCUUAGCAGACCCAAAAGGACUUCAUUAUUUUAAAGAAUUUCUCAGUGAACCUGCACGUAAUUUUGAAGCUCACGCUCAAAUCCUUGGAAUCUGGGCAGAAUGUGAUAAACUCAUUAAUCAAGGUAUACCAGUAAUCUCUAGGGAUGAUGCACGAGCAGUACUUGAUAAAGCUCGAGAGAACCUCAGCAUGUCUUCUGGUGAACUAUGUCAGGUGGAACUUAAUAUUAAUUCAGGAAAUGAGGGUCAAAUUAGGGAUGAAGUUAUAAAAAUGCAAGAAGCAGCUAGAGAUGAUUUAAAUUCUGUCUACAGUUCAUUCAUUAUGUACUCAAAGAGACUAAAUUCAUCAAAGAAAGUGAAGUGUCUUAUAUUAUAAAUUUAUUCAAGUAGCAAUUCAUUUCUUGAAAAUGAUAAGCUGGAUGUGUGGAUAGUUUAAUCUCAAUUAUCAGCUGCAAGAUAUGAAGAUAGAAUGAAGUGUGUAAUGUGAAACUUACUUUCUUUACUUUAAAUCAUUCAAUAAAAUAUCAAUAAAUUAACAGCCAGUUAUCAAACAUUUCAAAUUUACAAAUUGUCUUUUUUCCUGCAUGCCCUGAAGAUGGAGAAAGUAUGUUUUGCAGUGGUGUCUACUGAUGAGUCUACAGAGCACCAAAACCAAGAACAUUGUCUAUACUUUGUGGAAUUUAUUACUAUUGAAUUGUGAUUAAUUAAAGUGGCCUACAUAACUGAUUGAUUCUGUGAGCACCAGA